UUUUUCUUCACACAGGAUUCACAUGUAAAUUAAUAAUCUGAAGUAUAUCUUCAUCUCGUUGAAGAAUUGUACAGUGUUUACUUGGGAGCAAGUUAUAUCAUCGCGCAAGUUUAUGUGUAGGUCAUUUGAUAUAACUGGACGAUUAAAGCAAUGAUAAAUCCAGAUGAAAUUAAGCAUUUUGGAGGAAAGUAAUUUCGGUAGCCCAAUGAUUUAAGCAAGCCACCUUAUUUUCCCGCGCAACCUGUAGAACUUCAGAAUGUCACCACCGCUUACUUUCAUAAAGUGUGCUUAUGAUAAAAAAUUUCAUAGAGGUAUUGUGAUCUUGUAUAUUUUCCGUUGGUACCCAGAAGAUUGAAAUUCACACUAUGAGAAUGCUUGAUUAAAUAUUUCGUCUAUAAUUGCAUCAGUGUCAGUCACUUAGCAUGUCGUAUAAUAUAAAGAAAAAAUUCAGUAUUUCAUUUUCGACUCUACCGGUCGAAAUGCAAUCACAUAUAUGAGUGAUACAACCUCAGUUUGUGCGAUAGUGUGAGUGCUUCAUACUUCAAUCUUUGUCCAGGAUAGAGCAUGGAAACUAAGAUUCAGCUAUCAGAGCCAAAUUAGUUUUUGUAAUUUUAGUUGUUAGUAAAACUAAUACUUCCAUACGUAAAGGGACUGCGUCAAUUAUUAGAAAUGUAAACAGGUUCUUAUACCCUUUUUUAUCACGAAGUGUGUAUAUAAAAUCUUUUGUAUUGUGCUAAUGGGGCAUCAGGAUCAUAAGAUUGUGGCGUUUAAAGACGAAAGAUAACUACUAAUAAGGUUGUUUACUACAGGGUAUACCAUAUGGUGUCAUGCCAUAGUGUCUACUACUUAAAAAGCACUGUAAGCUGCCUUCAUUGGUUGGAAGACAUCUAAAUGUAUUUCUCCAAUAAUGAUUGUUACGCCUAUGCUGCAAGAUGUAGUACAUGUAGUACACUAACUAUUUUGAACUGUACCGAAUCUGCGCCAAUACUUUGACCAGUUGUGUUUGCUGUGUAAUACGUUAACUUUUUGGUUUGAAAUUUUCCGGAUAAAGCGUCUGAAUCUUGAUUUUACCAAUUCUCCCAGACAAUUUAUUUGAUUACUUAUAAAUCGCUCGUGGCGUGUUUUAGUUUUUAGUUUUUUCUUCAAUUUAAGCUAAUAUGAAUUAUAAAUUCUUGAUAUUUAUUUUGUCCACGUAGGAUUAAUCAACAUGAUCCGUUUCAGUUAUCCUGAAGAUAUCCCAUCUUUGUAUGCAGGGCAGCAAGCCGUUCAAAGUCUUCUGAUGAUUAUCGCAGUUAUAUGUGUUCCUUGGAUGUUGCUGUCGAAACCACUGAUUUUGUACAUGCGUCAUCGUGCAAUAAUGAAGGUAAUUUUAUAUUCAUAAUUUCUGUUAGUCAAUCGUAUUCGAAAGAAACACUAUGAAAAAUGCAGCAUGUCGAACUUUCAUUUUUCAUUCAACCAGCUUCACUGAACACUUUCAACAAUAAGAGAGCCAACAUUAAAUUGCAGGGUUGAUAAGGGUUCACUUUCACGGCUUUCCAUCAACUGCUAACAGCCUGAAAACUGGCAAGUUAUUGUAAAUGCAAACUUAUAUAACUUCAGAUAUAAUGGUGAUUUGUAGAUCACGUGGAUGAUUUUGAUACAGUUGUGUUCUCUGAGUUGGAUAGUUUACUUGCGGCGCUUUCAUCACUACCUCACUAGGCAACAUCUCCAGGGCAUAUUCCAAUUUGAAGUGAGUGUUUAGGUUUAUUUACGAGUUUACUAGUCAUUUCUCCUGGAGACCUUGGACGUGUAUGUUCCCCUUUCCAUGACUACAGUGCACCAAGGAGGCUGAAGAGCUACUUAAAGAUGAAGAUGCAUACCAACAGCUUACAUUAAAUCCUAACCAAAGAUUAGACAACCGCAUCCGAAAAACCCUAAACAUGCCCACCAAAAUAGGUCAGAUCACAAAAGAGGAUCCAAUGGACCAGUUCUACGCUGAUUCUACAACAAACCAAAAAAUAUACAAAGCAAACAUUGUAUUGCAACCAAUUGUAUCACUCCCAGGAACCCCGACAUACAACUUGUCCAAAGAACUAAGCAGAAAAUUGAAACAUGAGAAUUCUGCGAUCAUUCCUCAAAUCUGCAACUCAAUUUCUAGAGCGAAUAAAAAACGAAUAGAUAACCAAGAAAUAAUGGUAUCCUUCGAUGUCACAGCGCUAUGUACUUCAAAUGGACAGAAGUUGGUAAAAGAAACGAAGGAGAAACUAUGC